CAGAAUGGGUCGAUGAUCCUCUACAAUAGGAAGAAGGUGAAGUACAGAAAGGAUGGCUACUGCUGGAAAAAAAGGAAAGAUGGGAAGACCACGCGGGAGGAUCACAUGAAGCUCAAAGUACAAGGAGUGGAGUGUCUGUACGGCUGUUAUGUCCACUCCUCCAUCAUUCCCACCUUCCACCGCAGGUGCUACUGGCUUUUACAGAACCCAGACAUUGUGCUGGUCCACUACCUGAAUGUGCCAGCUAUCGAGGAUUGUGGGAAGCCAUGUGGGCCCAUCCUGUGCUCCAUCAAUACAGACAAGAAAGAAUGGGCCAAAUGGACGAAGGAGGAACUCAUUGGCCAGCUGAAACCCAUGUUUCAUGGCAUCAAGUGGACUUGCAGCAAUGGGAACAGCAGCUCUGGCUUCUCUGUGGAGCAGCUGGUGCAGCAGAUACUGGACAGCCACCAGACCAAGCCUCCUCCCCGGACUCACAACUGCCUCUGCACUGGCACUCAGGGUGCUGGGAGCAGUGUGCAUCAUAAGUGUAACAGCGCCAAACACCGCAUUAUCUCGCCCAAAGUGGACCCUCGUUCAGGUGGUUACAGCAGCACCCACUCUGAGCUCCAGAAUAAUGAUGUGUCCGAGGGUAAGACAGAACACAGCCAGAGCAGCAAAAACAGAGGAGGAACAGGAGGUGGGAGUGUACGUGAAAAACGCAAUGGCAAGGUACACAAACCUGUGCUGCUGCACCAGAACAGCACUGAGGUCUCCUCUACCAAUCAGGUGGAAGUGCCAGACACCACCCAGAAUUCCCCUGUGUCCAUCAGCAGCGGGCUGAAUUCUGACCCCGACAUGGCUGACAGCCCAGCAGUCACAGGCAUGGGUCAUGUUGCCUCUGUUAUGAGCAGCCUAUCCCAGAGUGUUUUCAUGUCUGAGGUGACUGGGGAUCCCGUCUACAGCAUGUCCCCCACUGGAGGCCCCAAUACCCAUAUUAUGGGCCCUGAUGCCACCUCUCACAGCCUGGUCUUAGCAGUCACCUCUGACAGCCACAAGUUUGCCUUUCCAGGAAGUGGGAGUGCAGAUACAGGUGGUCCCGGAGCAGACGGGCUGUCCAUGCUCUCUGCCUCCGGCAUCUCUGAGGAGCUUGUCCUCUCCAGCAGCCUAGACUCCAGCAGCAUCAAAAUCCCAGAAACCACUAUGAACUUCGACCCCGACUGCUUCCUGAACAACCCGAAGCAGGGCCAGACAUAUGGGGGAAGUGGAUUAAAGCAGGAGAAUGGCACAUCCAGUGCCUCGUCCUCCUCAACAGCUAGCACCAACGGUUUGCAACGCUCGCCACCUAUAUCCGAUUCAAAGUACGGCUUCAGUUCUGCACUGGUGAAGAACAUCAAGACCGAGGACACCUCCUUCGAGCAACAGCUGGCCAAAGAAGGGAGCUACCAAGUGGGAGCAGUUGUAAGCUGUAGCGUUUCCAGCGGCUCUGGCACCCAGAACUCACUCACCUUGACCCCUGUUUCCUCUCUGCUUCCCUCUGGUGGGGGCCUGAGUCCGAGCACCACCCUGGAGCAGAUGGAUUUCAGCGCUAUCGAUGAGAAGCAUGACUACUCCGCUGGUGCCACGGCAGUAGGUUAUAGCCAAGCAAUUAACAACCUAGCUCACCAGAACCAAUCUCCAAGCUUUUUUCUUCAAGAAGCACCACAGACAGCCCAGAACCAGCAAGGCCGGCAGUGCUCUAGCCAGAAGGGCCACCUACUGGAACAUAACGCCCCUGAUGGGGUCUACAUGGGUCUGCAGGUUGUAAAGACCGAAUCGCCUGGCAGUAAUGGCCACCUCCACCACCAUCACACCCACCAGGGCCAGCACAGACCCCACUGCAAUGGAGGCUCACCCACCGAGGGACAAGGACAGGGUGGCUCGCUGCAACUCCUUCAGUACCAAGGAGGUUUCCCAGGCCUUGGUCCAGAGCACGAGGAAGUGGUCGGCAUGGAUCAGAACUGCAAUGUUGGGUCCGGUCAGGCUGGAGCCACAGAAAAUGGGACAGAUGGUUUACUAAAAUCUGGGGAUCAUCUACAAGCCUGUGCAGGAGGAAGUGGAGAGAACGGAGGAGCAGAUCACUUCGUGCAGCAGAGCUCUGAGAAUGGAGUGGGAGCUGAGGCUGUGGCUUUGAGGAAUGGAAACACCACAAGUGGGCCCAACAACGGCUCGCAACAGCAACUCCAGCCACUGCUUCAGGGAGCUAAUUUGGUUCAGGGGCUCUACAACACUCACCACGGGCUUAGUGGGACUGGAGCCAAUGGCGGAGGAGGCACGGGCAUGGAAAUCAGCUUGGAUCAUUUUGACAUCUCUUUUGGAAACCAGUUUUCUGACCUCAUCAACGACUUUAUCUCAGUGGACAGCGGAGCCACAGCAGUAGGGGCUGCAGGAACAUUAUAUACCCACCAGUUGGUGGCCCCGCCUGGGUCGGAAGUUACGGCCAACUCUGGUGGGAACCAACAGCAAGGUCAAGAGGAUGCAACCAACAGGGCAGCAGGAUACAGGCCCUCAGAGCUUUGCCUCCAGUCAUGCUGCAGCCCCCAAUCUUUAGGUGGAGGUGCUGGUGCUGGGGGAAGGUCAGGAGAGACAGGCUCACUGGCCUACAUGCAUGUCACUGAAGUAGUGUCAGCAGCAGUGGCCCAGGGCACGCUGGGAAUGUUGCAGGCCACUGGGCGACUUUUCAUGGUCACAGACUACUCUCCAGAGUGGUCCUACCCAGAGGGUGGUGUGAAAGUCUUAAUCACCGGGGCAUGGCAAGAAGACAGCAGCAGCUACACCUGUCUGUUUGAUCAGAUCUCUGUCCCUGCCUCCCUUAUUCAGCCCGGAGUUUUACGUUGCUACUGUCCCGCCCAUGACACAGGCUUGGUGACUCUGCAGGUGGCUGUCAGUAAUCAAAUCAUCUCUAACUCGGUUGUGUUUGAGUAUAAAGCCCGUGCACUGCCCUCCCUACCUUCAUCCCAGCACGACUGGCUGUCACUUGAUGAUAACCAGUUCAGAAUGUCCAUCCUGGAGCGGCUGGAACAGAUGGAGCGCAGGAUGGCUGAGAUGGCUGGUCAGCAGCAGCAGGGCAGCGGAGGAACAGCAGGGACUGGAGGGGGAGGUGGAGACGGAGGCGCCAACAGCCAGUCUCAGUGUAUCUCGGGACAAGCAGGAAGCUCUUUUGAGAGUCGUGUGGUGGUUGUUUGUGAGAAGAUGAUGAACAGGGCCUGCUGGGCCAAAUCCAAACAUCUGAUCCACUCCAAGACCUUUCGGGGCAUGACCUUGCUACACCUUGCUGCAGGCCAAGGCUACGCCACCCUCAUUCAGACUCUUAUCAAAUGGCGCACGAAGCAUGCAGACAGCAUUGAUCUGGAACUUGAGGUGGACCCUCUCAACGUGGAUCACUUCUCUUGUACUCCACUGAUGUGGGCUUGUGCAUUGGGUCACCUAGAAGCAGCUGUGGUCUUGUACAAGUGGGACCGGAGAGCACUGGCCAUCCCAGACUCUCUAGGGCGCCUGCCCCUCUUCAUCGCCCGCUCCCGUGGCCACACCAAGCUGGCAGAGUGUCUGGAGCAGCUCCAGAGGGAGGAACAGCAGCAGCAGCAGACCCCGUCCUCCUUACCCCCAACCUCUAGCAUGUCUUUCUCUCCCAAUCCUGACAUCCCCACCUCUAACAGCUGGAUGGUGAGCUGGGGCAGCGACAGUAUGGUGGCCCCCAGCGGGCAGAACACUGGUACAGCCACCACUACUACAACCCCUUGCACCAACCAGAACCCUGAUUUGAGAAGACCAAGAUCAGAGCCCUCUAGCUACUACAGCAACGAGUGCCAGCGGGACCUCCCCCUCGCCAAAAAACACAAGCCCAACCCCGAGUUUGUGCAAGGACAGAUGGAUAAGCCCAUGUCUGUUUCCUUGAACAUGGAGCAGCAGACACAUAAACUGUCAACCAGCCCUAAGGCCCUUCCUUCCACCCCAUCCAGCCCGGAUAAGAGUGUCUCUGAGGAGGGUUUGGCGACAGUGGGCAUCCUGCAAGCCAAGAUGGCCUCUUACUGUGGAGGCCAUAAAUGGGGCACUAGAGAAGUGCUCAGGAAGAGUGGCAUCAGCGGCAUAGGGAAGGAGAAUUUGGCCAGCCGGUUGCGACAGCGUGGCAAACCCCUCAGCAUGCUGGGAAUGGUGGAGAGAGAGAUGGUAGACACUGAGAUACUUUCUUACAAGGAGGAUCUAGAGAACCAGGACUGCCUCUCGCACAUGGAGGACCUGCAGGCGAAUAUGAUGAGCCUGGCAGAGCACAUCAUUGAGGCCACUCCGGAGCGUAUCAAGCGGGAACAUUUUCCAACCGUGGAGUCUGUUCCUCUGGACAACAGUGGGCUCACCAACACCAUGUGCUGGCUAGCCAGUUACCUGGGAGACGUGGAACACCUGCCCAGCAUCAUCCACUUGAGUCCCAUAUACAGUGAACCCCUGACCCCUCCCUCCAACCCUAGCCUGAGCCCGGGUAACUCGCCCAUGCGUGAGGGCCCAUUUGAGAAGCCGACCUUGCCUGCUCCAUCCGAGUGGAGUGAGUUUCUCCGAGCCUCCAACAGCAAAGUGGAGAGAGAGCUAGCCCAGCUCAAAAUGUCUGAUCCCGAGCAGAGGGAGCUCUACGAAGCUGCACGGCUGGUGCAGACCGCUUUCCACAAGUACAAGGGACGCCCACUGCGCGAGCAACAGGAAGUAGCCACCGCUGUCAUUCAGCGCUGUUACAGGAAAUACAAGCAGCUAACAUGGAUAGCCUUGAAGUAUGCACUUUAUAAGAAGAUGACGCAGGCCGCCAUCCUUAUCCAGAGUAAGUUCCGCAGCUACCACGAGCAGAAGAAGUUCCAGCAGAGCCGGCGGGCGGCCGUGCUGAUCCAGCAGUGCUACCGCAGCUACAGGAAGUUCGGCCGGCUGAGGCCCCACCGCAGAGCGGCCACCGCAGCAAAGGUCCAGCACAAACUCAGAAGCAGUCUUCUCACUAAGAGGCAGGAUCAGGCCGCCCACAAGAUCAUGAGGUUCCUCCGCCGUUGCCGCCACAGCCCCUUGAUGGACCAUAGACUAUUCAAGCGGAGUGAGAGAAUUGAGAAAGGCCAGGGAACAUGAGAGCGUCCAGAAGAGCCCCCUCACAAUGUGACAUUACUCUCUCCAGACUCUUCCUUUCAGUUUUUCUGUUUCAACCAGAGACGUUUUACAAGAGGAAAAAAAAUAGCAAGAACACUGCAACUCUUACUAUAACUGUAUGACUGAUACUUUGGCUACUAAACAACUGCGUUUUUCAUAUGUCUUUAUUCCUUCUAUGUUUCUGAAGAAAAGAGCCAACUGCUGUGGAUCAAAACAAACUCUAAGGACGUUGUUUUAGGAGGAACAACAUUUGCUUUCUGGCAUUUUUUGCACUUUUUAAUGGAUUGAUUUGUCAUUUUGGAUGAGCAUUAAAAUGUUUUGUUUGAAAAAGGGAAAAAAAAGGAAUGGAAGUCCUGCUCUUCAGUGGCAGGAAGAAAGAAAGAAAAAGAAAGAAAGAAAGAAAGAAAGAAAGAGAGAGACAAAAUAUGGAGUUGACACAAUCAUGGCCGGACCUGUUCCGAGUGUAUUUCAUUGUUUUCAAAAGAUCACAGGAUGUGUUUAGUGGGUAAAAUUGUUACCAAAAAUGAUGAAUAAUUCAUGAAUGUACAUGCUUUACUCCACAACCAGACAAAUUCGUCAGAAACUUCUUUCAGUCUGUCCCUUAUGGUCACCUGUCUUCUCUUAACUACAAGGGGACUGGGUAGCUUAUCAAUGUAAAGACGGAAAUGAGCAGGCUCGGGUGAUGAGGCAAAUGCUGAUGUUAUUUUGCUAACAAGACAUGUGGAAUCAACAACUAUUUUCAAAUUGAUGAUAUUCAGCCAGUUCAGAGUUAGCAAGACAUCACAGAGCAAUGGAUCGCUCCAGGCAGAACUUGUCUUAUGCAUGCUUGAAACUAGGCCGCAGCAUUUUAGUUUUUAACUACAUGAAUGUACUGGAGACACCAAAUGUCAUCACCUCUGCCCAUCAUUUACUAUUGGCCAGUUUGUAAAGUUUUCUUUUGUUAAUCCAAUGUUAAACAGUCAUUGGUGAAGCUUUCGUUCAGUUGAAAAUCAACUUAAGAGGUUUUCUAAGCUGUUUAAGGGAAAAUUACAUGCAUUGCCUUGAUAUCUUUGACAUACUUUGAAGGGUCUCCACACCCAGGGUUAGACAAAUCCAUACUUUUUGACAAUUGAGCGGUUCCUGUACAUAAAGAGGGUUGCCGGUACGCAAAGUAAAACAUUUAUCUAAGCGGGAUUGUAUUUUAGAAAUAUAUUAUUUUACUCAUUGAAAGGAAUCAAAACAGAUUAGCGUCAAAAUCUGAAUAUUUGUAUAGUUUUGUUUGAAUGCCUAAGAAGUAUGGUUGUAUCGUUUGUACAUAGUGUAAAUACCUGGGAUAAAGUCAAGCUACUGUAUGUGCAUGACAAAAACGAACACAGAUACAAAAAAAAAGAGUUCAAAAGCAUUAGUGGCUAUGCUCUGUAAAAUUAUUUCACUAUAAGAGUAUUUUAUUUUACUUUGAAUGUUCUUGAGAAGAACAUUUUGCUAAAGCAUGACUUUCCUGCGAUUAUGAAAAAUACAGUAUUUAUGAGGUAGGAGAAAAGGCAAAAUGAUCAUUAGGUUAUGUUUACAUCUGUUUGUUUGUUUUUUUCUGGGCUACCAAGAACCUUUUUGCCAACGGUGCCAAGUAAUGUGAAUGCUACUGCUUAAAGGAAGUUAAUCAUUGCUGAACAGAUAAUCACAUGGUAAAACGUGAUCAGAUUCACUUGCAUUCAAUAGCAUAACCCGUCAACACAGUCGGUCAAGGAUGAUGGUGUAUUCAGGAAGGAUCUUAGUGUAUCACAUAUCUCAUUUGGUUUAUUUGUACUGUAUAUUUGUUUGGUUUGUGUUUCCUAAGUCUGAAUACUUUUGUAUUCUGUCAUUGAAAUGAUGUAAAGUAUGUUUUUCUGUUAUGAAUGCAGGUAGUAGAGCUUAUAGCAGCAUUAUGCAGCUUUAAGUAACAUUCUGACAGUCUUAUUACACAAGAUGUGCAAAAAAAAAAAAACCUGUGAGCUGACAGUAAAGACAAAGAAGCUGAAAUAAUGAGAAAUCCACACUGCUACACUGACUGAAAGUUUAGGUUCCCUGUUAUGCAUUUAAACGGGUUUCUUUUGGUGCUAAAACAUUGGCGUCAAGGGCCUGGUAGACCUCCAAAGAUCACUCAAUUUCAGCAGUGUUGCAGUGAUGUUACUUUCAACAGCAGGUGUCGCCGUGGUGUUUGAAAAAGGGAAAGUCUAUGAAAACGCUCCUGAAAAUUAUUUCUAAUGCACUACAAUUGUGUAGAUUUCAGUUUCCCCUCAUAUCAAAAUGCUUUUUGUCAUAUUUUGUAUUUGCGUCUCUGUUCAAGAGAAUGAUAUGUAAAUGUUUUCUUCAGAGUGCUUAUGUUGGAAGUGCCUGAUCAUAUUCUAAAUCCAGCGAGCCAUGUCAGUCUGCAUGUGAGGUUUGCGAUGGACUGGCAUUAGCGAGAAGUGAAUAAUAGUCUGUCCGUUUUUUAUUUUCCAUUACGUAACUUGUUUCUUUGUCCGUGCUUUCUCCGUGUAAGUUAUU